AUGGCAGUGGGAUUCCGCCGGCGGCUCGCCACUCUCACCGUCCCCAAGGCCGCCUCCUCCCUCCGCCGCACGCGCCACAAGAAGCUCUCCUACACCCGCACACGCUCCGCCAGCCUCCCUGGCCGCUUCCACCCGGUCGUCGCCGGCCUCCACGACUCCGCCAACGCGCUCCUCGGCUGGACCGAGACACCAGCUUCAUCACAGCCCGGCACAGCAUGGAUCGCCGACGGCGUCGACCACCUGGGCCGGCUCCUGGCCGGCCUCACCGACCUGCUCCACCACCCGCAGGCGCAGGACCCGCUCCGGCACUCCCAGCGCCGGUCCUCCAAGACAACCCCACCCUGGACGGAGCGGCUGCUCGACGACCUCCUCGUCCUCGCCGACGCGCACGGCUGCUUCCGCGACGCGCUGCUCUCCCUGAAGCAGCUCCUCGCCGAGGCCCACGCCGCCGUCCGCCGCCGCGACGCCCCGCGGCUCGCGGCCGCUCUGCGCGCGCGCCGACGCUCCGACCGCGACCUCUCCCGCCUCGCCUCCACAUUGCGCGCCUUGUCGCACCGCUCCUCUGCCUCCUCCACCUCCACGUCCGACUCCAGCGAGGCCGCGGUUGCCGAGGCCGUCGCGGCAGCCACGUGCGCGGCGGCGGCCGCGUCCGCCACCAUCUUCGCCGGGCUCGCGUCCGCAUCCGCAUCCUCUGCCUCGCGCGCAUUGACAUCUCCCACUUCGGCCUCUUCUCCAGCCUCUAAAGCCGCGGCCGCGCCCGUGUGGUGGGUGGCCGACCUCCUGCGCUGGCGCCGGCGCACGGUGUCCGUCGCCGCCGCCUGCGAGUCCUCCGGAUCACCCAGCGGCGGCGGCGCAAAGGAGACACCUCCGGAAGAAUGCUGCGACGAGGAGGAGGACGAGAGGAAGGCGGCCAUGGAACGGCUCCGGAGCCUCGAGGAGUGCGUCGUGGCGGCGGAGGACGGCUGCGAGCAGGUGUACCGCGCGCUCGUGAACGCGAGGGUGUCCCUGCUCAACGUACUCACGCCAUGCUUUUGA